AUGAACAAGAUCCGCGCAAUCCAGGAGCUCAAUAAGCGGGAGAUAGAGAAUGGCAUAUCUCCCUCCGCCUCAUGGCACGUCGACUACCGUGACACGGCCUUCGUCUACUUCGGUGGCCUACCAUUCGAGCUCUCCGAGGGCGAUGUGAUUACGAUAUUUUCGCAGUUCGGCGAGCCUACAUUCCUCAAGCUUGCGCGUGACAAGGAGACGGGCAAGAGCCGCGGCUUCGGCUGGCUAAAGUACGAGGACCAGCGUAGCACCGACCUCGCUGUCGACAACCUGGGCGGCGCCACCAUUAGUGGCCGCAUGAUCAGCGUGGACCAUGCGCGGUACAAGCCACGCGACGAUGACGAUCCCGAGGAGGGCAAGGUCGGCUGGGAGGACAUACAAAAGAGAGAGCGGGCGCAGCGCGCUGCUGAUGGAGAGGCAGCUGAUACCGACGAGGAGUCUGAGGAUGAGCCCAGUCGGCCAAUGCUGAAGGAGGAGAGGGAGCUGCUUCUGCUGAAGCAGAAUCACGACGACGAUGAUCCGAUGAAGGCAUAUUUGAUUGAAGAGAAGGAGAGGGAGGUCGCUGAAGCUCUGCGAAAGGAGAAGAAGAGGACAGGAAGAGAUCGCAAAGAGAGGACACUCCUGUGCUCGGUGACAGAGAGGAUGGAGAUCAUGACUCUAGGAGAACAAGGCGCCGCGACGAUUCCCGUGAGCGCGACAGUGGGAGAGAUAGAGAUCGCAAUGAUCGUGACAGCAGACGAGGCAAUGAGAAGGAACGGAGACGUCAUCACCGAGAAGGCAGUGACGAUUACGCCAACGGGCGUCAUAGAGACGCGGACGAUCGAGACCGCUGGUAUCGGAGAAGUCGCAGCAGAUCGCCUUGAGACACUAGGAUUUGAAAUACCCAUAUGA